AGCAAUGCCUGCGAGAAGACCUCCUUCGCCUUCCUGCGGCAGGAGCUGCCCGUCCGCCUCUCCAACAUCAUGAAGGAGAUCAACCUCCUGCCGGACCGCGUCCUGCGCACCCCGUCCGUCCAGCUGGUGCAGAGCUGGUACGUCCAGAGCCUGCUGGACAUCAUGGAGUUCCUCGACAGGGACCCCGAGGACCAGGCCACCCUGGGACAAUUCACAGACGCCCUGGUCACCAUCCGCAACCGGCACAACGACGUGGUGCCCACCAUGGCACAGGGGGUCAUCGAGUACAAGGAGGCGUACGGGGACGACCCCGUCUCCAACCAGAACAUCCAGUACUUCCUCGACCGCUUCUACCUGAGCCGCAUCUCGAUCCGCAUGCUCAUCAACCAGCACAGUGAGCGCCCCCGGCGGUCUCCCGCCCCCCCCCCGCCAAACGCCUACAACAUGGCCAAGCUCCUGUGUGACAAGUACUACAUGUCCUCGCCUGACCUGGAGAUCGAGGAGGUGAACGCGAGCAACUCCCAGCAGCCCAUCAGCAUCGUCUACGUCCCCUCGCAUCUCUACCACAUGCUCUUCGAGCUCUUCAAGAACGCCAUGCGAGCCACGGUGGAGAGCCACGAGAACAGCCCGCGGCUGCCGGCCAUCAAGGUGAUGGUGGCCCUGGGCCAGGAGGACCUCUCCAUCAAGAUGAGUGACCGCGGCAUGGGCGUCCCCCUGCGGAAAAUCGAGCGUCUGUUCAGCUACAUGUACUCCACCGCUCCCACCCCGCAGCUGGGCACCGGGGGGGCUCCCCUGGCUGGCUUUGGCUACGGCUUGCCCAUCUCCCGCCUCUACGCCAAGUACUUCCAGGGGGACCUGCAGCUCUUCUCCAUGGAGGGCUUCGGCACCGACGCCGUCAUCUACCUAAAGGCCCUGUCCACGGACUCGGUGGAGCGAUUGCCCGUCUACAACAAGUCGGCAUGGAGGCACUACCAGGCUAGCCAGGAGGCGGGGGACUGGUGCGUCCCCAGUACCGAGCCCAAGAACACCUCCACCUACCGUGUCCCCUAGGAUGACCCCCCCCAGGGAGCUCACUGCCCCCCCCCAGGGUGUAAAUAGCCCCUCGCCCCGGCUGCCGGGGUCCCCCCGGGUGUCCCCCCAUCACCUUGGGGUGGUGUUUUAUGCCGGCGUGGUUGUUUUAGUGUCCCGGUUCUGCCUCCCGCCAGCGGCUGUUAGGGCUCACCGGGAAGCGUGUGAAAAGUGGGGUGGGGGGGUCCCAGUACCCCCCCUUGCCUUAGUGGCACUUAGGUACGUAGCUGGGGGUGGCGUUGGAGCAGCGUGGAUGGGGUAGAGCCCCUGUUGCCCCCCACCACCACCUUGGCACCCACCCCAGGGUGGUAUACCCCAGGGGCAGUGAGGGACUGAUCCUUUCCCAGUAUGACCAGUAGCACUUCCCUGCCCCUCCAGCCCUGACAGGGUGGGGGGACCGGGCCUGAACCCCCCCCCCUCUCUGCCUCAGUUCCCUGCACCGUCCCUGGUAUUGCACUACUGAGCUGUUCUCACCCAUGUGUGCCCCCCACCCCAGGGUGGGUUCCCCACACAAUCUGUGACCUGCUUGGGAACCUACCCCUG